AUGGCAGACAGUCGACAGCCAGAAGACGGUGCCCCCCAGUGGGACCCAUCAGGGGGGCAGGAACCCACUGGCACUCAUGGAGCCAAUGGUUACUCUUCCUCCACCUACAGGACCUGCCAGCCUGGUGGAGCCCACAUGACUGCAGCAUCUUACACUACCAGGGAGAACGGGUUCAAUGGGGAGCUAAGUGGUGCUCCUGCUAUAACUGCAGAGCAAGUGUCAGCUCGGAUCGUGCAGGAAGUGACAGCAGAGGCGGUGGCGGUGCUUAAGGGAGAACAGGAGACUCAAAGGCUGCCAUCAGUUGAAGACACCACCAAUUUGCCUCCUUCCCCUCCUCCCUCCCCUGCUGCAGAGCACUUUGGUCCUCUGGAACAAGAUGUAGGGGAUGAGGAGGAGGCAGGUCCUCUCCGCCGCUUCCAAAAUUCACGGGAGAGGUGCAAGUUCCUCGCCCCCUCCAUCUCAGUUUCCGUGCCCGAGGACGACCCCUACCACUCCGACGAGGAGUACUAUGAGCACCCCUUGUUCAGCCCAGAGUGGACGCACUCGGGCUCUCGCCCCACAGGGCAGGCUGUGGCCUUUAGACAGAUUGAAGAAGAGACCAUCGAGGCUCUUACAGCUGAAUACGAGGAGGAGGUGGAAGAGGAGGAGGAGGAGGAGGAGAGUGCAGAGGCAGCAGAGUCCGAGGCAGCUCUUGAUGAGCAGCAGUGGAGCGGGGAAGAGCCCGAACUGGACAGCCCGCAAGCUGAGCCCUUAGAGCAGGCAGAAGCCAUAGACGAGGCCCAGGACCUAGCCCUGGAGCUAUCUGAGGCAGCUAGUUCUGCUACAGAACGCUCUAUGGACAGAGAGGAGGAGGAAGCAGAGGGUGAGGAGAGCCCUGAGACAGCUUUGAAGAUGGACUCAGACAAGCAGGGGAGUGACAAAAGUGGUUCCAUGAGCCCAGACAGCAUUGGAUCAGAGAAACGCCCAGAGGAGUUUUUUGAGCCGCAGAUGCAGGGGUUCUUUGCUGGUGAACGAGUUGUACCAGAGAGCCCCACCAUGGAUAUGCCCUCCUUUGUACCCCCGAAUGUUCAAAACCAAACCAAAGAACCUGUCAGAUCACUCACCCUUCAGCCUACUUAUGGUGAGCCAAUUACAGUAUCAGAGAAGCAGCCAUCAGUAGAGGUGAUGGAGUUCAGCAGCAUUGGUGCACCUUCUGAUUUUUCUUCAAUGGGGACAAAAGUUCCAGGAGGAGACUCAACAAGAGAUGCAAGAGAUAGAUCUGGCAUGUCAGCAUAUUUUGAAACAUCAGCCAUGGAAGUAGAUGAAGCUCCCCAAUGUAAGGGUGAGGGUUAUUACGAACUGAGCAGAGCUGGUGAAGACAAGCCUAUGGUUGAUUCCAAGUCUCAGGAGAUCAGCUACAGUGCACUGACUGAAGCCCAAGAUAAACCUGAAAUCAAAAAGAGUACUGCAGAAGACACUAGAGUAUUCACAGUUCCCGACAAGAGUAAUGAAUGCAGGCUUUCCCCAGGGAAACUGGCCUUAGAGCAGAGGAGCUACUCACUUAACAUCACUAUUGGAGCAAUGGAUCCAAGUGGCCAAGGCAGACCGAGGAACUUCUCCCCACUGGCCACAGAUAUCAUGUCAUACACUAGUGGAAGUCUAGAUGAGUCAGCGGACUACCUCCCAGUCACUACCCCUUCAGUGGAAAAGCCGCCAUCCUUCCCUCCUCUGAUUCUGGAGACUGCAGCUUCUGUCACUUCAGAUUCCUCAUCUCCUCCAAGGACCUCUGAACUAGUUUCAAAACCCAGCCCUGAACCAGAGUCCCCAGAAUCACCUCAGCCCUCAAAGAACGCCUAUAAAAAUGGCUCAGUGAUGGCGCAAGAUUUGCCUGAGAUGCUAGACCUUGCUGGUACCCGUUCCAGACUGGCUUCAGAAAACACUGACCCAGAAAUCAUCCGGAGAAAGUCAAUUCAAGCUGAUGUUCCUGCCUUCAGUGAUGACCCGCUGGCUAGCCUUGUUUCGGGGGAACUGAGCCCCGGAGCCAGAAAAAGUGAGAGCCAGUUGGAAGAGAUGGGCUAUUGUGUGUUCAGUGAAUAUUCAGGGCCCAUGCCAUCCCCUGCAGAUGUGUUCAGCCCUACAAAUGCUUCUGCACAGGCCUUCGCCCACUCUGUCCUGGAGGAGAAAGUGGCUGAGCAGGCUAGGAAAUUAGCUGUCAGAGACACUUCUGUGGAGGACAAGAGCCAGCCAUCAGGAGCUGCAGGCACAGAAGAAAAAGACAAGAAGCAGGUUGAGAAAAAAGAUUCUGCUGAAGAAAAAGGUACAUGCAUUGUAGAUGACCAGCUGAAAAAGUCUGUAAGCGAACAGGAAAAACCACCUGCUCUGCCAAGUGAGGCCUUUGUGACACCAACUGUCACUGUCACCCUCGAAGAAGGUGGUAGGUCAGAUAGUGAGACACAACGACAAGCUAGUGGUGAAGGCUCAGCAUCAGAAACUGAGAUUGCUGACUAUGAGAGGCAGAUCCGCAAAUUGGAGAUGGAGGACAGGCCUCUCAGUAUGGAGGAGGAACGAGAACUGCAAGAGCUUCGGGAGAAGGUUAAGCUGGUCCACCAGGAGGCAUACGAGGAGGUAGACGCUGAAGAUGUGUACCAGCUGACUGGCAUGGCCAAGGACAGAAUUGCCAGGCCUGUAAAAACUUCCCCUGCCUCCUCAGUGGAGAGCAAUAUUGAUGAUGAUAAGCUGCUCUCCCCAGUGCUCUCACCUUCCAAACUUAAACAAAGAGAAGUUUAUGGUUCCCCUAAAAGAACACUAUCACCAGUGUUAGGAAUAAGCAAAGAGGACAAAGAGAAAGAGGAGUCAGAAAGAAAAAUGAGGGAACAGCAAGAAAAGGAAGCAGCCGAGAAAAAAAUUAAAGAAGAGAAAGAAGAGGCAGAGAAGAACAUUUGGGAAGAAACAGAAAAGAAAGAGAAGGAAAUUAAGGAAAAAGAAGAGAAGGAAAGGAGAGAGAAGGAAGAAAGAGAGAAAGAAGAGGCAGAAAGAAUUCUGAGGGAAGAAAAAGAAAAGAAGGAGAAAGAACAAAAAGAACAGGAAAUGAAAGAGAAGAGAGAGAAAGAGGAGAGAGAGAUUAAGGAAAGGGAAGAGAAAGAGAGGAAAGCGAAAGAGGAGAAGGAGAUGAAAGAAAGGGAAGAGCAAGAGAGGAAAGCAAAAGAGGAGAAGGAGAGGGAAGAAAGGGAAGAGAAAGAGGAGAAGGAGAUGAAAGAAAAGGAAGAGAAAGAGAGGAAAGCAAGAGAGGAGAGGGAGAUGAAAGAAAAGGAAGAAAAAGAGAGGAAAGAGAAAGAGGAGAGGGAGCUGAAAGCAAAAGAAGAGAAGGAGAGGAAAAAGAAAGAGGAGACAGAGAAGAAAGAAAGAGAAGAGCGGGAAAAGAUAGAACGAGAGGAGCGAGAAAAGAAAGAAAGAGAGGAAAAAGAAAGAGAAGAGAAAAAGUUAAGAGAGAAGGAAGAGAAGGAAAAGAUAGAAAAGGAACUGAAAGAGAAGGAAGAGAGAGAGAAAGCGGCUGAGUUGGACAAAAAGGUUACAGAGAAGCCUAAGGACAUAGCAAAACAAUCAGAGGAAAAAGCAGUGAUGGAACCUGUUGUUAAAGAAGCUAAAACACCUGUGGAGGUUGAGAGGGAGGAAGAGGAAGGUGAGGAAGAUGUGUUAGAGAAAGAAGGGAAGGGUGCUGGGGCAGGCGCGAUAAAGGAAAUCCCAGAGACUCGUGCUGCCAUUGAAUCAGUAGUGACAGUUGAAGACGAUUUUAUUACUGUGGUCCAGACCAUUGAUGAAGCAGAUGAACCGGGACACAGUGUUCGUUUUUCUGCUCCACCUGAGCCUGAAGCUCUCCAUACUGUACAGAAAGAGGAAGAUGAGGAAGAUGAGGAGUCUGUGGAGUUGGCCCAGGAAGCAGACAUGGAAGCUGGUAGUCUAGAGGAGGUCUGUGAUGUUCCUGAGACCCCUGCAUCUCCUGAGAAGGAGGCUCAGACCAUUGAAACAGAAGGACAGACAGAAAGUUAUGACAGAGAUGAAACCACAAUGGACGACUCCAUCCUGGACAGCUCAUGGGUGGACACACAAGAUGAUGAUAGGAGCAUACUCACAGAGCAGAUUGAGCCUUUGCCUAGGGGGCCAAGCCUAGUUGACAAGCAUGCUGUGGUCCAGAACAAGGAGCCACAACAGAAGAAGACAGAGAAACAGGAAAAGCCAGUCAAACCCAAAGCUAAGGGAGGGCGGACUAAAGGCCGAAUCUCCACACCAGAGCGCAAAUCUGUCCGCAAAGAACCUGUCUACAUUCCCAGAGAGGAGGUCAAGAAGAAAAAAGCUGUGAUAAAGAAGACAGAGUUUACCAAAAGAAUUGAGGGUCAGACUCAAUCCCCAACCAGGAGGAGCGUGCUGAAACCAUCUGUCCGCCAGACCCGUCCCACCCAGCACCAUUCCUGUCCCAGAAGGAGACCCACAGAUGUGCUACCAGACAGUCGUCAGCCUCUCAGUGUUGCCAGAAAGUCACGCGACAGAGCAUCGGAUGGUGGGUCUCGGAGCCCUGACAAGAGAUCUUCUCUGCCACGGCACACCAUUCUGAGUCGCCGUGGAUACCAUGACCAGGAGGAGAGCUCCACCUCCAUCACCAGUUCUGGCUCAACAGCUCCUCGCAGACCCACAUCGUUUCGCACUGAGAUGAGGGCAGAGCACAGGACAGGACGAGCCCCUAGUAUGACAGUUGCAGAAUCAAUGCGCUCCCGUUCAGCUCGCAGUGGCCACUCGACCCCCCGCACCCCUGGCUCCACAGCCAUUACCCCAGGAACCCCGCCUAGCUACUCAUCAUCCUCCAGGACCCCUGGAACCCCACGCUCCCUUAGCUUGAUUUCCCAGGAGAGGAAGGUGGCUGUUGUCCGCACCCCACCCAAGUCACCUGCAACCACGCCUAAGCAGCUCCGCAUCAUCAACCAGCCGCUGCCUGACUUCAAGAACAUCAAGUCCAAGAUUGGUUCCACAGAGAAUAUCAAGUACCAGCCUAAAGGAGGACAGAUUCAUAUUUUAAACAAGAAGCUGGACUUCAGUCAAAUACAAUCAAAAUGCAGCUCCAAGGAUAAUCUGAAGCACUCUCCCCUUGCAGGCAAUGUUCUGAUCCCCAGUGUUAAGCUGGACUAUAGCCAUGUUCAGUCUAGGUGUGGGUCCUUGGACAGGAGGGGCUACUCAGCAGGAGGUGGAAACGUGCUGAUACAGAACAAGAAGAUUGAUUUGAGCCAUGUGACCUCUAAGUGUGGCUCUCUAGACAACAUCCAUCAUCGACCAGGGGGCGGUAACGUGCGUAUAGAGAGUGUGAAGUUGGACUUCAAAGACAAAGCCCAAGCCAAGGUGGGUUCCCUGGAUAAUGCUCACCACAUUCCUACUGGAGGCCACUUCAUGAUUGAGAGCCACAGGUUGAUGUUCCGCGACCAAGCUAAGGCACGAGUGGACCACGGAGCUGAGAUCGUCACCCAGUCGCCAGGAUUGUCCGGCUCAAUGUCUCCCCAGCGCCACCGGGACAGCCAACUAUCCUCCUCCGGCAGUCUCAACAUGAUGGAGUCGCCACAGUUAGCAACCCUAGCUGAGGAUGUCACUGCAGCUCUGGCAAAGCAGGGUUUGUGAAAACUGGAUCUCUGGAUUGCUGCUCUGUGCA